CUUGACAGAUUACAGAUAUCAUUCACCGGAGCUGUGUCGCGCCGCCAUCUUCUCCCAUCUUCACAGAGAAUUCAUAUUCUCCUGGACGGUAACAGGAUUCAGUGACUGACCAUGCAGGGAGUCCACGUUCACAGAGAGGUUUCUAAUUGCUUUCUUUUGGUCUGUUGUUUAAUUUUAUUUUUUAUUUGAUGUGGUUUGGUGUUGAACUGAGGCGGCAGGGCUCGGGCCUGAGAGCCAGGAAUAAGCUGGUGUUUGGUCGAUUGAGGCACCAGGCCAAAUUGAAAAUGUCAGGGUGUUGGGGCUGGGGGUCAGGAAGGUGUUCAGCUUGCUGCUCAGUGAGGUUUAAUCUUCCCCGUGCAGAACUAAGGCUGCAGCCUGUAACUAACAGGAUCCUGUAUCGGCUGUGACUGGCUUCGUGACUGUGAACUCACUUUCAUGAACUUUAGUUCUGAAUAUUAUUUGUUUGCGUUCUAUAGUUUGCACGAUUUGUUCAUUUUUGCACAUUGGGUGUUUGAUAAUCUUUUUUAAUGAGUUCCGUCAUGUUUCUUUGUUUGGUGGCUCAUCCUAAGGAGAUGAAUCUUCAGGCUGUAUGUAGUAUACAUUGAUAAUAAAUAUAGUUUUAAGUCUUUUUUUCAAAUUUCAUGUCCUUUUGGGGAGUGACAGUUAUUUUUCGCGCUUCUUUUGCUGCGGUCUGAUCAUUGGAGAAUCAGACAGCCGCUAAUCCACAUCACCAAUCGGAGAAAGCAUUUCACCACCAAUCGUAAGUGUCCUUCCGCAAUCCUCCAGAGGCUAUAAAAUUGGUGAAUGCGGAAACAUUUCCUCAUUCUCUGCGAAGGAGUUUGCUGAAAUGAGUGGACGAGGGAAAACCGGAAAGGCCAAGAGCAAGCCCAAGUCUCGCUCGUCCCGGGCCGGACUGCAGUUCCCGGUGGGCCGUGUUCACAGGCUCCUGAGAAAGGGUAACUAUGCUGAGCGGGUGGGUGCCGGAGCCCCGGUCUAUAUGGCUGCUGUGCUCGAGUAUCUGACGGCUGAAAUCCUCGAGUUGGCCGGUAACGCGGCCCGGGACAACAAGAAGACCCGCAUCAUCCCCAGACACCUGCAGCUGGCCGUCCGCAACGACGAGGAGCUCAACAAGCUGCUGGGAGGGGUGACCAUCGCUCAGGGCGGGGUGCUGCCCAAUAUCCAGGCCGUGUUGUUGCCCAAGAAAACGGGCGGGAUUGCGGAAGGACAUUUGCGAUUGUUUGCUGAAAUGAGUGGACGAGGGAAAACCGGGAAGGCCAAGAACAAGCCCAAGUCUCGCUCGUCCCGGGCCGGACUGCAGUUCCCGGUGGGCCGUGUUCACAGGCUCCUGAGAAAGGGUAACUAUGCUGAGCGGGUGGGUGCUGGAGCCCCGGUCUAUAUGGCUGCUGUGCUCGAGUAUCUGACGGCUGAAAUCCUCGAGUUGGCCGGUAACGCGGCCCGGGACAACAAGAAGACCCGCAUCAUCCCCAGACACCUGCAGCUGGCCGUCCGCAACGACGAGGAGCUCAACAAGCUGCUGGGAGGGGUGACCAUCGCUCAGGGCGGGGUGCUGCCCAAUAUCCAGGCCGUGUUGUUGCCCAAGAAAACGGGCGGGUCCACCAACCCCAAGGCCAAGUAAAGAGAUAAAGCGACAAUUUAAAAACCCAAAGGCUCUUUUCAGAGCCACUCAGAUUGUCUGUGGAAGGGCUGAGAACCAGCCGGGGUGAGUCCGGGGCAUUUCCGUUCAAAGGGUCUGUCGUAGACAAGCGUUUUGAAUUCAGUCUAAAGCGCAUCUCUUCCUCUGAAAUAAAAAAAAAUUAUUUGCCCACUUUAACAGAUUGCCUCAUUUUACCUAAAGUUUAGGAUUUUUUUGAACCGUCAGCGCCGCUUCCGGCAUGAAUACAGGGCGGCGGUUGAUUGGCGGUAAUAAUCUGAUUGGCGAGUGAAAAAGGCCAAUCAGAGAGCUCAAUCGUCAGCGAACGGGCGGCAACAGGACAAGCGCCAAAACUAACCGAAAAUCCUGAAAUUUGAAAAGUCCGCCAAGAAGAAAAUAAAUCUAUAGAACUGUCCGAAAGCAAAUAAUUACAGCUGUGUGAAUAGGAGCCAUCACAUGACCCUGAUCCAUUUAUAAUAUUGACAGUUUAUUAAGUUUAAUGUUCGAAGUAAAUUUAUUAUCAAAUUCUAUACAGCAUAUACAGCCUUGAAGUUCACUUCUUGCAGACACCCACAAAAUAAAGAAACACAAUAGAAUCCAUGGAAAACCACAAAGACCAACAAACAACCAAUGUGCAAAAGUGGGCGAAUUGAGCAAAUAAUUUAAAAUAAAAACAGAAAUAAUACAUAGACCACAUCCGCAGAGCCCCGAAAGUUAGUUCUCCGCUUCGAGAUACUCAUUGAAUUCCGGAUCGGAAUAAAUGCUGAUUCAUAGAACAUGACAGCCUUUUUUUAAUUAUUUAAAACGCAUCAGCUUAUGGACGACUCGGAAACAGCGGUCAGGGUCGAGACUGCGAUGUGAAGUUGUUUUGCGAAAGGACCGUAAAUCUAUUGCGAAUCUCAGCUGAUUCAGAACAGGGUUCAGGGCAGUUACCAAACACCUAACUGCGGGUAAUAAACCACUCUAACGUCAAUUAACCCGCAACAGCAAAAUUCUGCCUCUCAAGAAUAAGCGUUUUGUGUAAAGUUGUGUGUGCAUAUCUGAAAAUCGAACCGAGCUGAUCUAGACGAGGUUAAAGUCUCGGUGUUCGGCCAAUGAGUAGGGAGAGCGAUCCCGGGAUUGAACCGGACAGAUGGACCGCAAGCUGUCAACAACAUAAAUUACAAUGAUUUCCAAACUGAAGA